AUGAUCGGACGCGAAGUAAAGUAUCCUUGGCAUCCAGGAUAUUGUAUUCUGGAGCCUCGUCAACGCAUGAUCUGCUGUUACAAGGAAGAACCGGUAGGAGUUUGGGUUUUGUAGAAGUAGUUUUUCAGCUCAUUUGCUCAAAAAUGCUUUCAAAUUUAAAAAUUACUCGAAAAGUAAAGGUCAGAAAAGCAAAACUCUCAAGACAGCACAACUAAAAAAAUUUUGCACGUUAUGGCAUAGCACAAGGCGCAGGUCGUUCAAGGUCCGGGACAGCUUGCAACAUCUUAUUAAAGCUUCCAGCAAAAGAAAAAAAAGUUAUUCGACCCUUAUAAUCGGUUUUUAGACAUUGAAUUCAUUAAAAAUCAAUAUCCCAAAAAGAAUAUUACAGAUGGGAAGAAUAAGUUACAAUGGCGGAAGUAUCCGAUUGGACGGUGGGAGAAACACUUUUCUGAAUGCUUGGAACAUGCAAAUGGGUUAGUUUUACUGGAAAGAACUUGAUAUCCAUGUAUCAAAACUUUCUUCAGAACUUAUUUUUUUAAAGGUUUGCCGCCUCCGUCUAUCAACAUGAAAGGUUCACAAACGCUUUCUCGCUCAUUUCUUCGGUCGAUCCGAGGAAGACGGAACAACUCCAACAAGGCGCCGAUUCCUACAAAAUACGCUACUGUCAGGAUCAACAGUACUCGUACGCCCUUUUCUGA